CGCCCCGCCCCGGGGGAGUGUCCCGCCCGGGCUCAGCCACCUUAAGGGCCGCGCGGGCGGGCCGGCGGGGCGGAGGGGCGGCCGGCGCGGGGUCCGAGGCGGGCUCCGCGCGCGCACGGAGUCGGGGUCCGCCGCAGCGGCGCGGGAGCCAUGGCAUCGUCCGGGCGGGCGCGGCCGCCGCCGCUGCUGCUGCUGCUGCUGCUGCUGCUGGCGGGCGCGGCGCGGGCCGCCCAGCACUUCCGUCCGGGCCGCGGCUGCUACCGGCCCCUGCGGGGGGACCGGCUCGCCCUGCUCGGGCGCAGGACAUACCCCCGGCCUCAUGAGUACCUGUCCCCAUCGGAUCUGCCCAAGAACUGGGACUGGCGCAACGUGAAUGGGGUCAACUACGCCAGCGUCACCAGGAACCAACACAUCCCCCAGUACUGUGGCUCCUGCUGGGCCCACGGCACCACCAGCGCCAUGGCGGACCGGAUCAACAUCAAGAGGAAGGGGGCGUGGCCCUCCACGCUGCUGUCCGUGCAGCACGUGAUCGACUGCGGCAACGCAGGGUCGUGCCACGGGGGCAACGACAUGCCGGUGUGGGAGUAUGCCCAUCUGCACGGCAUCCCCGACGAGACCUGCAACAACUACCAGGCCAAGGACCAAGAGUGUGACAAGUUUAACCAGUGUGGAACAUGCACUGAAUUCAAAGAGUGCCACAUCAUCCAGAACUACACCCUCUGGAAGGUUGGUGACUACGGCUCCCUCUCCGGGAGGAACAAGAUGAUGGCAGAAAUCUACGCCAACGGCCCCAUCAGCUGCGGUAUAAUGGCAACAGACAAAAUGUUGAACUACACCGGCGGCAUCUAUGCUGAAUACGACACAGGGGCCUACAUAAACCACAUCGUUUCCGUGGCCGGGUGGGGUGUCAGCGAUGGGACAGAGUACUGGAUCGUCCGGAACUCGUGGGGCGAACCAUGGGGUGAGAGAGGCUGGAUGCGCAUUGUGACCAGCGCCUACAAGGGCGGGAAGGGCGCCGACUACAACCUCGCCAUCGAGAACAGCUGCUCGUUCGGCGACCCCAUCGUUUAGGCCGACGACCCCAGAGGAGCGGCUCGGGAAGAAGCCAUCACACCAGCCAUAGCCAGAGAGGUCCCACCUUCACGGGCACCGGGUGGUACCAUGUGCUCUGAAGAAACUGGAGGGGGACGGCCGUCGCAAUGCCGCAGGGGGAGAGUUGGGGAGGGGGCGACCCGGCACCCGCGCAGGACGCUUCCUGCCGGGAGGACGCAGCGAACCUCCACCCGGAGAAGAGUGACCCGCAAGGCAGGGAGUGAUGUGACCUCCGUUUUCUUCAAUAAAGGAUUUGGCAACUGUGGUCUGUGAUGUAUUAAGAAGUAAAACACUUGACACUUGUCACCAGUUCCUCUGUCACCUUGAAAUCAAUGGUGGGGCAGAAGGGGGAGAGGAGAUUUUAAGUUGCCCAAGCAAUGAAUAAAACGCACACUUCACACCA